AUGGAACUUUUACUUGCUGCAGGUGCUGCUGGUUUAGCUGCUUAUGCAUAUGGAAAACGUAGAGAACGUCAUCAAAUAGCAAAUGGAUAUGUGACAUAUCAUCAUAACGGAUAUGAUGCACCACAAUAUGGUCAUAUUCAUUAUGGGAAUACAGGCAAUCAUUACAGAGCUUCAUCUCACCAUCAUCAUCUCACUGCUUAUCAAAAUACGACAUAUGCAUCUUAA